AUGAAGAGGUGUGAAUUUGCUAGCAUUCAACCUUAAUUGAAUUCAUCUUUACCUGUACUUAAGAAAGAAGCUCUAUCAUAUAACAGCAACACUGUUACCCAAUCACUUUUCCACUUACCAGGAGAUAUAUUUUUAAAUAUAGAAGACAUACUCAAGGUUAACGGUGUUUCCCUUGACCAAGCCAAUGGUUCCAGCAACUUAAGCCAAUCAAAUAUUUGUAUGGGAGGAAGCGACUAUGAAAUCCCAUAAAAUUAUGAAAUCCCAAGAAUUAAGACUUCAUCAAGCAGCUCUUUAAAUUCUCCUUCUUUAAGCUCCUUAAGCUAAAACCCUUUUUCUAAUUCAGGAAAUUUGACUAAUUCAACUACAAAAAAAGUAUCUAUCAUAAAUUCAGAUGAAAAUUUUCUUCAUUAUGAAGUCUAUAAUCCAACUUUAUCGGUCUAAACUCUCCCUUACUUCCAGUAGAACUCUAAUUAAUUACUCAGUUAAUUAGAAAUCGUUAGUUAAAUGGAGUAAAAUUUGAAAAAUUAAUACCUUUUAAGUCUCUAUCAAACAAUCAGUACCUACUCUCAAACAAUGAAUGAAGUUUCAUAAAUAACUAGCUCCUUGCAAAGUGAUGCUCUCUUCGACGAAAAGACUUUAGAAGCUAUUCACUUUAACAUCAAGCGCAUUCGUUCAUAAACAAUUCCCUCCAAGUAUUACACUUACUCUGUUUAUGUACUUGACUAUAAUUAAGUAUACCGCGAAGUCUAAAAGGGCCUCUCCCAGAACCUCGUAAAUUUCCUCAGUGGUUCUCAACAAUCAUAUGCAGACCACAUUCUCCGUUUCGGUGAUGCUGAAUUAUUUGAUGCUUCAUCACGUGCUGUUCUCAACAUUUCUCGUUUGCAAUAAACUAUUAACGCUCAAAAAUACAAUUCAUUUAAUAUAAUUUCUGAUAACAAUUUAAUGAUGUGCCGCACAGAUGGAAAAAAAGUUCCAGUUAAUUGUUAAAGCUCUAUUAUCCCACUUUGUGAUCCUAUUUAUUCACAAAAUAUGGUAAUAUAUCAAGCUUAUAUGAGGAUUACUGAAAUAAAUGUUGAUGAAUAAUACUGUGAAUAGAGCUGUGCUGAUUCUUCUUCUUGCAGCAACUCUCCAAAUUCAAUUACUUAUGAGAAUUCUCGUAUGGCAGAUGAAUACCUCUAAAGCUGUCAAGAGUUCUAAGAAAGAUAUUAUGGAAAGGGAUCUCAACGCAAGAAAAGAUAUAGAAAGACAAAGGCACAAGUUGAAUAAGAACUUAAAUACUACCUCUCCUUGAACAACUUUGCUAAUUGCUAAUUAUGA